AUGUUGCGUGUCGCUUUCCUCGUUGUUAUCACUGUGGCUGCCGCUUGCGGCGUUUCCCCAGUCCAAGCGGGCGGGGCACUGCAGAGCGAGGGAUAUCGUCACUCCAUCGAACAGCUACAAGUUGGUGAAUACUACAAGCCUUCUGUUGUUGAAGGAUCUGGUGUUCCAAACACCACAGCAUUAUUCCACCGUUCCCCAUGUCCGGCACUUAACGCGCUGGCCAACCACGGCUAUCUACCUCGCAACGGGCAGGACAUUGCUAAGGGCGUAUUGAAGGCUGCGAUCAUGAGCGUGUUCAACAUGGCCAAUGACACGGCUACCACGCAAGUUGGUCAAGUUCCCGACGUCUUUUCACUCGACUUUUUGAGUAAGCACAACGCCCCCGAACAUGACGCGUCCCUCGUGCAUACGGACGCGUAUUUCGGCCACGACCCGAUGGAGGUGAACAUGACACUGGCCGACGACGUGUUCAGUCGUGCUGACAGCAAUGACAGGAUCAAUACUACUGCGAUCGCCCGGGUUCGGAAGGAUCGUGCCUCAUUGUGUGAGACCUCUAACCCGGAGUGCACCUUUGGGGAAGGCGAGAAAAAGAAGUCAUUCUUGCAGGCGGCCUUGCUUCUCAAGGCGUUGGGUGAAGGUGAUUUCAUUUCUGUCGAACACGCGAAAUCGUUCCUUGUCGACGAAAAAAUCCCUGCUGACUUCGUGAAAUCCAAAGAACCCGUCUCACUGGCAGUACUCAGUGCGAAGUCGGCUGAGCUCGUUGCAUUGGCGUCGUAA